GUCGUCAUCUAUUGCAUCCGUAUGCUUCUUUAUAUGUGCAGUCCUCUGCGACUUUCUUUUCUUUCUUUCACACAUUUCUUCGAUAGGAAGCUUCAGCCUUAAACCUCGUUGAUCGCUUUCACCUUUGAUUCAACUGCUGUCAUCGGCAGUUCAUUCUGUCCGUCCUAGGUGAGAGAUUUUAAAGGACUCUGGUGGAGAACCUACCCUUACUUGAGUAGUUGUUAUGAGAAGAUUGUCAUGAACGAUUAUGAUUCCGAUGCGAUUCGUUGGGGUCUUCGUUUUUUCAAUGGGGACUCAAAUGGGGACUUAUCGUAUAGUACCGAGUACUUCCCUGACAUGGCACAACACGACGUCAAUUUCUAUGAGCAUUAUUAUGGAAAUCAUAGCAAUAAUGAGGUUAACCAUGUGGAGAACGACGAGAUUAUUGCACGCACACUUCAGGAGGAGUUUUCCCAAUUAGAAAUGGCAGAGGCCUCGGGGUAUUCUAAUGUAGAAGAUCCCUCCCAAGCAUCGAAGUUUGCUCUUGGUUGGAACAAUCCAUCCUCAAGGAACUACACUUCAGAAAAUGAUUCCGUUGAAGAUGAAAUUGAAACCGUGGAACCUUCUAGUUCAUGUUCUAGUCCAGGUCAAGAGGAUAAUUACUAUCCGAAUGGGCAUGAUAAUCAAGUAGAUUGGAAAAUGGAUCAAAUGAUUCCAGCACCUCAUGUCCCAAGAAUUAAUGGUGAGAUUCCACCCAUUGAUGAAGUAACUUCAGAUCAUCAAAGGUUGUUGGAUAGGUUGAAGGUAUAUGAUUUUGUUGAACGCAAGGUUAAAGGGGAUGGUAAUUGUCAGUUCCGUGCUUUAUCAGAUCAACUAUUUGGAACAUCUGAUCGUCACAAGAUGGUUAGAGAAAAUGUUGUGAAUCAGCUCAAAUCACAUCGGGAGAUUUAUGAGGGAUAUGUUCCCAUGGCAUAUGAUGAUUAUUUGGAAAAGAUGUCCAUGAACGGUGAGUGGGGUGAUCAUGUAACACUACAGGCAGCUGCAGACUGGUAUGGCGUUAAAAUAUUUGUUAUGACUUCUUUUAAGGACACCUGCUGUAUAGAGAUUCUCCCUAAUUUUCAGAAGAAAAAGCAAGUCCUUUUCCUGAGCUUUUGGGCAGAGGUGCAUUACAAUUCAAUCUAUCCUCAAGGAGGUGUUUCCUCAGUUGCAGAUGAGCAAUCAAAUGACUCUAGAAAGAGGAGGAAAUGGUGGAUUUUUGGAAAUAAGCAUUAAGACUCCGGGCAGAAGGUGCAAUAAGUCUUAACUUUCUACUGCAUCUUACACUUUGAGACUUGUGGUCUUCCUUAAAUUUCAAGAAGAUUAUUUUUAUCAACUCCGUCUGCAGUAGUGAAAAACUCGAGGGAAGACCCCAGAACAUUCAUACUGACUUCAAUGACUGAACUUCAAUGUUUUCAAUUUUAACCAGAGAAACUCGGUCUGUCCUGCUCUGUAUCUUAUUUAUAAUUUUAUUUGGAAUAGAUUAAUAAAAUUUGCAGGCCUCUCUUCCUCUUGCACCUUAUUUA